AUGGAACAGCACGUCGAACUAGUAGUGCUUCAAACCGAAACUGCUGUCGACGAACAGGAUGAUGCUCAGAUUGAGGAGCUUCUCAGCUCAUUCUAUUUCGAUAAUUCGGUCACACGACAAUCCGCAGGGGAAGGGUCUAGACACGGCGAGCAUCUUCACCCAAUAUACGAAGAACAAGAGGAGGAUGGAAUAUUCUAUGACCUCUACGGCACAGUAGAAGAAGAGUCGCCGUGUUCUAUAUGCGAAAGCAGCGACGAGGAGAACGAUUCGGAGAUUUCUUCACAGUACGGCCCGAAGGAACUUCCUCCGAAUAUAGCACAGAACCCUUCAAGCUUUUGGCCUGUAAUUGAAGAAGAUGACGGGGCGCCUGACGCCGAACGAAUAACGUUCAGCGCUAAGCUAUCGUCGUCACGAUCACCGUCUAACAUCAUCUUGGAAAAAGACGAUGAGGACGACAAUGAAAAGGAAUGGGAAGACAGAGGUCGUUCGAGAGCCGUACCUGCCAGACUGGUUCGGUACAUAGAUUCAUCCACGAAACAGGAGCAUGACAGGAGAGAAGAAUGGAUAGAUGACCAGGAAUUCCAUAUACUGGAAUACGAGAGUUCUUUUGGCAAGGUUACUGAAUUUCAAGGUUUUCAAUCUCCCUACUUGAAGUCAGGGCACGGGACUGUAAAAGUUGAUAGCUAG